GUUGUCGGCUGAGCAGCCUGGUAGCUUUAGGUUUUUUUUAGGAUUUUUCUGGGUUAGCUACUGCGGAAAGGCAGCUGUCUUGUUGAACUGUGCAAAAGCAUCUCAGUGCGUAGCCUGUACUUAACAGCGAAGGAAGGCUUAUUGAGUAAUUCAGAGCAGAGCCAGCUGCCCUGAGAUAUUCUCUACCAAACCUGGAAACCACAUCUUGAGAAUAACUGGGUGGUAACACACGUACAUUUAUCUCCUUUUUACCCUUAUCGCUAAAUCCAGUCAUAUUUCAGACUCUGUCAGAACACGUAAUUAAAGGCCGGGCCGUUUCACACCUCUCGGUUCUCAGGCGGCGCCCGGCUUCCCAUCCUCCACCCAAAGCCCAGGGCAGCGCUCGGACCCCCGGGGCUGUUCCGAGGAGGGCGCUCGAUAAAAGGGCCCCCGGGGCUCGGCUCUGGCAGCGCAGCGGUGCUGGUGUCCCGGCCAUGGCCUGCGCUGCCCGCGCUCCGGCCGCGCCCGCCGCCACGCUCUUCUGGGACAUGCUGGCACUGCUGGCCCGGGAGCCGGGCAUGGAGUGGUUGAAGCCGAGCCUCUCCGGGCAGAGAGUCACCUCCCCGCCCCGCAGCACGGAAACACCGCGGAGCGGAAGCGACAUCAGUUAUCAUCAGAAGCAUUCCUUGGGAUCUUGGCCUCUGAAGACUUUGUCGUUGCUGGAGCACUCAGGGGAUAGUAGGCUUUGGCAAGCCUAUCUCGAAGGACUGAAGAAAUUCCUUGUCUUCAGGGAAAGCAUGGGAAUGCCUGCAACCUGGCCAAUUCCAGUGGAGCAAAUUAGAGGGUUUUUGGCUGUGGAAUCUGCUUAUUCCACCUCGAAGACACUCACAUAUAUGGCAGCACUUUCUUAUUUAUCAAAAUUGACUGGUAACUCUGAUCCUCUGGAAGAUCCUAUAACCUGUUGCAUGGUGAUGGGGUUGAAACGUCGAGCGGGUAUCCCGAGGGAUAAAUAUUUGCCUGUAACAAUUGAGAUGUUGCGAUCUCUCUUAGGAGUUCUGGAGUCUGCGUGCAUAACUCGCUAUGAAUGCUUACUGUUUCGUGCCUUAUUUACUGUAGCUUUUUUUGGGGCACUUCGAAUAGGAGAGAUGGUGGCAAAGCACCGUAAUGUACUGCAGCCUGAGCUGCUGUACCUGAGUGAUCUGCAGCUGAUGGAGAGGAAAGUGUUGCUUUUUCUACCUUAUUCUCCUGUGGAUCAGGAGAGACAUGUCAUCAGCCUAGCGCUGUCUGGGGAGCCAUGGGUGUGCCCUGUUCUGGCCCUCCGGAGCUAUUUGACAGUUCGUCCGCGGCAGGAAGGGCCACUCUUUGUGCACUCGGAUUUCAGGACUGUAACGAAGAGGGAGUUCCUGGCGGUUCUCAGACGUGCCCUGUGCCUGUUGGGGCUGUCUCCGGAGCAGUACGGCGUGCAUUCCUUCUGGCUGGGGACUGCUGUCACCGCUGUGCGCUGCGGGUAUCCUGGGGAAGAUGUCACUCGCCUGGCAAGAUGGCCCUGUAUGAUCCCAGGAAGAUUCUUACCAAGGAGACCAACAGGAAAAUAGAAGCUAAAGAAUCAUCUUCUUUAUGUAGAGUCAAACUUAGCUGUAUAGUUUCUAGCCUUUGACAGGAAUUUAGUAUUAACACCUGAAAUUAAUUUUCUACUGCACAGUGGGGUGAUCCUAAAUUCACUCAGAACUUGUUUGUUCUGUCUGUAUUUGAAGGUAGGGGGAAUGUCAAACCUUUGUACAUAGACUUCAUUUUUAUCUUGUAUAGUAUCUUUAUUCUCUUGAUAUAAUAAAUAUUGCCUUUAAAAAAAA